AUGCCCAUCUGCGGACCAAAACUUUCCCUGUGCGGUUUGAUCAUCUCCGUCUGGGGAAUAAUCCAGCUGCUGCUGAUGGGAGUGUUCUACUACAUCAACAGUGUCGCCCUGAUUGAGGAUUUACCGCUGGAGGAGCAUUAUCCAACGCCGCAAGAAUUCUAUGCGGCCGCUGACGUCGCGUACAGUCAGAAUGCUUAUAACUGUUGGAUUGCUGCCUGUAUCUACGUCGUAACGCUGCUCGUGUCUGUACAGCAGUUCCAUGCAAACAGCCGCUCGACGGUCGCCUAA